AUGGAGGGUGCAUCCCGUCAGACAUCAAAACUAUUACGGUCCCGAGGUAGCCUGCUCCCGCAGCAACGCCGUCUUCCCCGACCAGCCACCCGGACAGGUCUAUCCACGACACAAUGCCGAGUUCUCUCAAAUUCGAACCGCAAUCUUGCCCCGGAGUCCCUUUUCGGCCAGCUUGGCGCCAAUCCUGCUGCUUCACACAGCUCAUCCGGUGGUCCUCCCACUUACUUCACUAGCCGAACAACCCUCCCCGCAAACACGAUCGUACGAUUCGUGCCGCAGCAGACAGCAUGGAUUGUGGAGCGAAUGGGAAAGUUCCACCGGAUUCUGGAGCCUGGUCUCGCUAUUUUGAUUCCAUUCCUGGAUCGCAUCGCAUAUGUCAAGAGCUUGAAGGAGUCUGCGCUGGAGAUACCCAGUCAGAAUGCAAUUACGGCGGAUAAUGUUACAUUGGAGCUCGAUGGUGUGUUGUAUACCCGAGUGUUUGACGCAUACAAGGCCAGCUACGGUGUCGAAGAUGCGGAGUACGCCAUCUCCCAGCUUGCACAGACGACUAUGCGAUCCGAGAUCGGCCAGUUGACCCUGGACCACGUCCUUAAGGAGCGCGCCACCCUGAACACGAACAUCACACAAGCAAUCAACGAAGCCGCCCAGGACUGGGGUGUUGUGUGUCUGCGAUACGAGAUCAGAGAUAUCCAUGCACCAGACGGUGUUGUGGAAGCGAUGCACCGCCAAGUAACCGCUGAGCGGUCCAAGCGAGCGGAGAUCCUGGAGUCUGAGGGUCAGCGACAGAGUGCUAUCAAUAUUGCCGAGGGACGCAAGCAGUCUGUCAUUCUGGCAUCUGAGGCGCUGCGCGCUGAGCAGAUUAACCUGGCGGCUGGUGAAGCUGAGGCCAUUCAGCUGAAGGCGGACGCUACUGCCCGUGGAAUCGAGGCUGUUUCGAAGGCUAUGCAGGAAGGCAAGGAGCAUGCCCAUGGUGCUGUUAGCUUGCGAGUGGCCGAGAAGUAUGUUGAUGCAUUCUCGAAUCUGGCCAAGGAGGGCACAUCCGUUGUUGUUCCGGGCAAUGUUGGUGAUCUGGGCGGCAUGAUUGCCAGUGCUAUGGCUGUCUACGGAAAAGUCAGCGAGAGCCAGGCCAGGAGCAUUGCUGCUAAGGCUGUUGGUGCUCAGAAGUCAGAGAUCAACGUAACCCCGAAGAAUGAGCAACAUAUUGCGGAGCAUGAGUUCGGGGUCGAGUCUAGUGAGAGGGAGCCCAACAAUGAAGUCACACGGAGCGUCUUGGAAUCAUUCAACGAGGCUAGCCAGAAGACCAAGCACCAAGAUCACUAA